AUGAAGGUGGCCGUAGCCGUUUGGAGGCGACGCGCUGGGCUCAAAAUCGCAGCAUGUUGCCUGGCGGCGGCGGCGUGGGCAGCACUGGCAGCAGGCGCACAGGCCUCGGGUCCGCUCGGUCCCUCCGACCGGCCCGAGGCCUACUUCAACGGCAGUUCCUUCAUCCGCAUCAACCGCCCCAUCUCGCUCAAACAGCUCGUCGGACUGAGCUUCCGCACCUGUGUCGGUGGGGGUCUAUUCACGCAACGGUUCGAGGGGUACACGUUGCACGUAACCGCGCUGUUCGAGCAAGUGGUGGUGUCAUGGGCGCGACCGGGGCAACCGCUGCGGGAGGUGGGAUUGCCCAAGGAGACCCUCGACAACCGCUGGCACUGGGUUGCGCUGCGCUACCGCCCCAGCCCGCCCAGUCUGCUGCUAGAGGUUGACCGCGACACACAGGUGAUCUCAAACGUAACGUGGAACCCGGAGCUGCUUUCACCCGGCGCACUUGAAGCGGGCGGCGCGGUGGUGCUGGUGGGCAACGUAUUCAGCGGCUGUCUGCACGAGGGGCCGCAGCUCGAAUUCCACGCACACCACGCGCAGCUGCACAACGUGCUUUUCGGGCAUUGCCCCCUCGCCACCGAUGACUGCAAAGACCGCAAGGACGUGUUACGCGAGCCGCCCAAAGACUAUUGCUACAACGAGCCUUGCAUGCGCCACGGGACCUGUAUAUCACGGCAUGACAGGUACGAGUGCCACUGCACGGCGCGGUACACUGGCAACAACUGCGAGGUGGACGCGGGAGACCCGUGCCGCUCGGCGCCCUGCCAGCACGCCGGCCGCUGCGUCGAGGACUCGCGCGGCGACUACACCUGCGUCUGCACGCCCGAUUAUCACGGGACUUAUUGCGAGCUAGAAGUGUCGUUAGAUCCACUGUGCGAGGGAACUCCCAACGGACCUUGCCAAAAUAACGGAAGCUGUAGUGUGCUGCCCGGUGCCGACACUUACGUCUGUACUUGCCCUCCUGGGUACACGGGUCGCAACUGCGAGACGGACGUGGACGAGUGCGCAGGCGCGGCGGGCGCGUGUCUCAACGGCGGCCGAUGCGUAGACGCAAUCAACAACUUCACCUGCGACUGCGCCGGCACAGGCUACGCGGGCGCGCGGUGCGAGGUGAACGUCAACGAGUGCGAGGAGGACCGGGCCGUGUGCGGCCACGGCGUGUGCUACGACACGUACGGCGGCUUCGUGUGCGCCUGCCAGCCCGGCUACACCGGCGAGCGGUGCCACAAGGUGAGGCGGCGGGGCGCGGGCGGGGCGCGGGCGGGGGUUGCGGGCGCGGCUGACCCGGCGACUGCGCAGAUGUCGGCGUGCGCCAUGGGCCCGUGCGGCGUGGGCGGCGCCUGCGUGGAGGAGGCGGGCGGCGGCGGCUUCCGCUGCGUGUGCGCCAAGGGCUGGGCGCCGCCGCUGUGCGCCGCGCCGCUGGCGUCGAGCACGCCGCACCCGCCGCACGCCGCGCACGCGCACGCGCACGCCGGCCACGCCGCCUCGUGCGCCGACCUGGCCUGCCCGCCGCACGCGCACUGCAGAGACAGCGCAAGUCGCGUGCGUCUGCGACCCCGGAUACUACGGUACGUACCGCGCGACCCGCGCCGGCCGCGCCCUCCCUCCGGGGCGCGGCGCGGCUACAGCGUGCGCUGCGCAGGCGCUCCCGGCCCGGCCCCGAACUGCAGCACGCUGGAGAACGCGUGCGAGGCCGGCGUGUGCCUCAACGGCGCCAGCUGCUCGCUCGCCAACGACCGCUUCAACUGCACCUGCGCGCCGGGGUACAAAGGCGUGUACUGCGAGACGAGCGGCGCGCCGCUGGCCGCCGGCAAGGCGCUGGGCGAGCUGAAGGCGCCCGCCGCGGAGCGCUGCGCCGCCGGCCCCUGCCGGAACGCCAAGGCCUGCCACGACCUCCCGACGGGAUUCCGCUGCGAGUGCGAGAGCGGCUGGGGCGGCGCGCGCUGCGACGUGCCGCUGCCGGCGGCCGCGCCGGCGGCGGCCGACUGCGCGGCGCGGCCGUGCCUCAACGGCGGCUCGUGCCGCGACGCGCCCGACGGGCCCGUCUGCGACUGCCGCCCGGGCUUCGCCGGCGCCUCCUGCGACCAGCCCGCCGACUGCCGCGCCGCCGGCUGUCCGCCGCACCAGGAAUGCACCGAAGGCGGCGGCGUGUGGGUGUGCGCGGCGGCCGGGGCGGAGUCGGCCUGCUCCUCGUCCCCGUGCCACAACGGCACCUGCCUCGCGCUCGACUCCGGCCUCUUUCGCUGCCAGUGCCCCGCCGGUUUCAGCGGUCGGUUCUGCGAACUCGACAUGGACGAAUGUGUGCUUAUGCCAAAAAUAUGCAACCAAGGCGUCUGCGUCAACGUGCCUGGGUCCUACCAAUGCUACUGCAAACCAGGCUACACGGGCGACAGCUGCGAGCAGGACAUCGACGAGUGCUUGUCGUCGCCGUGCAAAAACGGCGGCACCUGCCAGAAUUUGGAGAACAACUACGAGUGCACUUGCAUGGAGGGCUUUACCGGAAAGGACUGUUCGAUCAACAUCAACGAGUGCGAGACGAACCCGUGCGCGGCGGGCUCGACGUGUGUCGACGGCAUCGCCAGCUUCUCGUGCGUCUGCCGGGAGGGCCUCACCGGCGCCAAGUGCGAGAUCGACAUCGACGACUGCGAGUCGCAGCCGUGCCGGCACGGCGGGCGCUGCGUGGACGCGCUCAACGGCUACACGUGCGACUGCGCCGGCACGGGCUUCGCGGGCGAGGACUGCUCCGUGAACAUCGACGAGUGCGCCUCCGCGCCCUGCCGCCACGGCGGGACCUGCGUCGACGACGUCAACGACUACCGCUGCAGCUGCUACGCCGGGUACACCGGUAAGAACUGCGAAGUGGACACCGACGAGUGCGAGAGCUCGCCGUGCAAGUACGACGGCGUGUGCCUGCAGCGCAGCAACGUGUCGCUGUACCGCGCGGCGGACGCGCCGCCGCUGCAGGUCGGGCCGCAGCCGCAGAUGCUGCUGCCGCCCGUCUUCUACCAGCCCUUCUCGCUCGAGAACGCCAGCGGGUUCGAGUGCGUGUGCGUGGCGGGCACGCUGGGCGCGCGCUGCGAGGUGAACGUGGACGAGUGCGCGUCGGCGCCGUGCGGCCACGGCAAGUGCGUGGACGGCAUCGGCGGCUACGACUGCGAGUGCCUGCCCGGCUACGAGGGCGAGCACUGCGAGGUGGAGAUCGACGAGUGCCAGCGCUACGCGCCGUGCGCCCACGGCCGCUGCUUCGACGGCCGCGCCUCCUACUACUGCGCCUGCGAGCCGGGCUGGGGCGGCCGCAACUGCAGCGUCGUGCUCACCGGCUGCCGCGGCGCGCCGUGCCGCAACAACGGCACCUGCCUGCCGUGGCUGCAGGACGAGACGCGCCACCGCUUCAACUGCUCCUGCGCGCCCGGCCACUACGGCACCACCUGCGAGAAGAUCACCACGAUGUCCCUGGAGAAGAGCAGCUACGCGGAGGUGAACACGUCUCGCGAGGAGGGCUACGACAUCUCCUUCCGGUUCAAGACGACGCUGGGCUCGGGCUUGCUGGCCAUGGGCCGCGGCCUCACAUACUUCUUUCUCGAGCUGUCCAACGGCCGCCUGAACUUGCACUCCAGCCUGCUCAACAAGUGGGAGGGGGUCUUUAUCGGCUCCAACUUGAACGACUCCAAUUGGCAGAAGGUGUUCGUGACGAUAAAUUCUUCGCACUUGGUGCUGGCGGCGAACGAGGAGCAGACCAUCUACCCGAUCAGCCAGAACGAGGCGUACAACUCGUCGGUGACGUCGUUCCCCGUGACGCGCCUCGGCACCGCCGGCUCCUCCUUCGCCACGCUCACGCACGGGCCCAACUUCUUCGUGGGGUGCUUCCAGGACGUCGUCGUCAACAACCAGUGGGUGGGUGGUCGUCGGGGGCGCGCCGGCCCGCGCUCGAGCGGCCUCUGA